GCACGUUAUUCAGUGAGUUGGUCCAUUUCUUAAGGCAAUUGAAUCAGACAUGGCAAGUAUUCGAAUGAUAGAUAUAGCCGUCAACUUCACCGAUGGCAUGUUUAAGGGAAUCUACAACGGCAAGCAAUGUCACCUAUCAGAUAUUCCAACCGUUUUGACCAGGGCCUGGGCUGCUGGCGUCCACCGAAUUAUUGUAACUGGUGGGUCCCUUGAGGAAUCAAGGGAAGCGCUUGCAAUUGCAGAAACAGAUGGGCGACUUUUCUGCACAGUUGGGGUGCAUCCAACACGUUGCAAGGAAUUUGAGGAGAGUGGAGAUCCAGAAAAGCAUUUUCAGGCUCUUUUGACUUUAGCUAAAGAGGGAAUUCAGAAAGGAAAGGUGGUUGCAAUUGGAGAAUGUGGAUUGGACUAUGACAGGCUUCACUUUUGCCCAGCAGAGAUUCAAAAAAAGUAUUUUGAGAAGCAAUUUGAAUUAGCAUAUAUCACAAAACUGCCUAUGUUUUUGCACAUGCGAGCAGCUGCUGCAGAUUUCUGUGAAAUAGUGGAGAAAAAUAAGGACAGAUUCACUGCUGGAGUCACCCAUUCAUUUACUGGUAGUAUGGAUGAUAGCAUUAAGCUUCUCUCAUUUGAUAAAAUGUACAUAGGCAUAAAUGGGUGCUCUUUGAAGACAACUGAGAACCUUGAUGUUGUGAAAGGUAUUCCUGUAGAAAGACUGAUGAUUGAGACAGACUCACCAUACUGUGAAAUCAAGAAUACUCAUGCAGGAAUUGGUUUUGUUAAAUCUACAUGGCCUUCUAAGAAGAAAGAGAAGUAUGAUCAAGAAUUCAUCGUUAAAGGCCGCAAUGAACCUUGUUUAGUUAAGCAAGUUCUUGAGGUGGUUGCUGGUUGUAAAGGCAUCAAUGACGUGGCUAACCUCAGCAGAAUAUUGUACCACAACACUUGCAGGGUUUUUUUCCCUCAUGACCUGGAUUCUGCAGCUGAUGCUCUUCUAGAUGAUGGUAAUUCUUCAUAACAAACUUAGUGGUGACUUGGCUCUUCUCUUUGCUUUUAUUCGGAGCUGUUCUGCGGUCCAAGUCCUCAUUUUCUUGAGAAAGCUUUCUAGUGAACUUGAAGUGAAACUGAGAUUAUGUGUCCGGUCCGGUCCGGUCCCUUUCUCGGAAGUGACAGUUCAAGAACAGAUUUUGGAGGCCAGUCUGAAGAGUGUAUCACAAAUUGUUGAAUUCUAUUUUCAUGAACUUAUAAUGUACAAAACUACAAUACUAAACAGGAAGACCAAAGGAUCCGAUAAGCCGUGGUGAUGAUUAUGAUGGCAUGACUGAGUAAUCUAAGAGGGGGUGAUUGGAGGUCAGUCUGCAAUGCCUCGAAAAAUUGUAGUUGUUUUUCAUUUAUAUGUAUUAAUUUUCACUGUCAGCAUGAAUUCAAGGCUGGUAUAAGUGAUCAGUGUUACUCAAUAUCAUACUUUGUUUGAAAAUGUCAUUCAGCUAACUAGUUGAAGGGUGGAUAUUGUUCUAAAAGCGUGAUUUAAAAUUCCACCUCUUAUUUUUCGUUUCAUGAUACUUUUUUUUGUCAAAAAAAAAAAAAAAAACUCUAAUGCAAAAUUAACUGUCGUUG